GGGCGAGGCGCGGGCCGCUGUUCGCUGCGGGCGGCUCGCGCGCACCUGCCGGCCGGACCUGCCGCCUACCGCGCGCCCGGCGUCCUCGCGCCCAAGUUGCAGCGGCCGCGGGGUCUGGGCUGCUGGCCCGCAGGCCCCGGGAAUGGCGUCGGAGCCGAGCUGACUCCGUUUCUCCUUGGACCAAGAUGACCGAUGGGGACCUUGCCUCCUCCACAAAUGGCGUUGGCUUGAUGGGCGUUCUGGAUGGUGGGCCAGAGAGCUCCCUGCAGACCCUCAGGGCCCCCGAGCGCAGGCCCAGGCUGAAGUCCGGUGCUCUGGAAGACCGGCACAGCCUCCAGUCGGUGGACUCAGGCAUUCCUACCCUGGAGAUCGGCAACCCCGAACCCGUCCCCUGCAGAGCGGUCCACGUGAAGAGGAAGCAGUCCGAGGCGGACCUCGCCCCCGAGCGGGCCUUCCAGAGCGCCUGCCCCCUGCCGUCCUGUGCGCCCCCGGCCGCCGGCGGUGCCGAGCGCGAGCAGAGCGUGCGCAAGUCCUCCACGUUCCCCAGGACGGGCUAUGACUCCGUGAAGCUCUGCAGCCCCACCGCCAAGGCCCUGAGCCGCAGCGACCAUGUGUCCGUGUGCAGCGUGUCCAGUCUGGGCACGGAGCUGUCCACCACGCUGUCCGUCAGCAACGAGGACAUCCUGGACCUCGUGGUCACCAGCAGCUCCAGUGCCAUCGUGACCCUGGAGAAUGACGACGGCCCGCAGUUCACCGACGUCACCCUGAGCUCCGUCAGGGAGACCAGAGACCCGCAGCAGCAGGGCUGUGUUGACGAGACCGAGGAGGGCAGUAAACUGAAGAUCCUGGGACCGCUUGGUCACUUCCUCACGAGGAAUUUGCUUGCUAGAAAACACAGUUCAAGACUUGACACACACAGUGACUCGGGAUGGAAGUUGUUCGGAAAAGUGCCACUGCGAGAGAAUGCCCGGAGAGACUCAAAGAGAACGCAAAAGGUACCCACGGCGGGGGACCGGAAGCGUGCCGUGUGUGUGCACCGCGUGCCUGGGCUUUGCCGAGUGGCCGCUCCCGGAGCUGGGAGAUAGGAAGCGCUGCGCGUCCCUUGCGUGCCUGUAUCGCGAGCGUGGCGAGGGCGGCCGUGGUCGUGUCACAGCCCUCCGCACGCAGCGCACCGCUAGGCUCUAGGUGUUUGUGACGUGACUCCCUCGGCCCUCCACUGCUGGCUGCAGGUGUGUGGCCCCCACACUUGUGUUCCCUGCGUUUGCCAUGCAAGCGUUCUGCCGUGGGUUCUUCGCGUGCAGACCCGGUGCUGGUGUGGGACAGCAGGGCUGGCCCGCUCGCAAAGUGCCUGUCUUGAGGAGGUCGGGGCUCCGGGUGAGGCCGGGCCUUGGGACCGUCACCUCCCUGGCAGAGUGACGGCAGUGGGAGCGAGUGCGUCUCUUCACAAGGAGGAGGUCGUGCUCAGCCACAGCUCAGCGUGGCCAGGCCGCCCCGGCCCUCGGCACCUGCCCUCCCCGAGACCCGAGUGGCCCCUGACUUGGCGUCCUGGGGCUGUCACAUUGCCCACAGCAGCCCUGCCUUCUCCUUCAGCUUCGUCUUCACGGACGGUUGGUCAGUAGACACCUGAGGGCCUGCCCAGCACCAGAGCACCGGGCUUCGUGGCUGCUGCUGGGGCCACAGGAGGGGUGACGCCAGAGCAGGAGCUGUGCACGUCUUGGCGAGGUGCACUGGCACUGGGCCUUUAGCUUGCGACAGAAUUACCUCUACUGGGGGAUGACUGUGCUGGUUUACAGAGCUUCAGAGCUCACGAGGGAUACAGCGGUGCUUUCCUCAGUUUACCCAAGAGCCACUGGGCACGGGCGGGUGAGCUGUGCAGGGUCGUCCAGCUGGUGGGGGCAGAGCUGGAAUGCAGCCCAGGCAGUUGGGCAGGUAGUGGGGAUGGCAGGAGACUGAGGACGGUGUGUGACACCUGAGGCGGAGGCCAGAGAGCAGUGAGAGGACCCUGGCGGUAGGGCUAGGUGGUGCCUUGAAGCCGACUCAGACCGGAGCCCUGUGGGCCCGUGCAGGCGUCACAGAGGUCAGGAGAGAAGGGGUUACCUGCGGGACCCCAGCUCCUGCACUCGUCCAGGUGAGAAGUGGGGUCUGCCCCAGGAGUGUGGCAUGCGGGGGUGGCGGGGGCAGUCCCCCCCGGCGCUGACUGUGGGUGGGGACAAGACGUGAGCUCGGAGCCGGGGCCCCUGACGCGGGGGGGUUUCCACGCGGUGUGUUUCACCCUCCGCGGAUCGCAUUUGUUUGGAAUCUUGUCUGCCGCUCCCUGGGGUCCUCGUCCAGACCUUGGCGACCGAGCGCAGUCAGCGUGGGAACCUGUGCUUGAGAGGUGACGUCUUGGACUUGGGCCGCCUGCUGUGCGGGCUUGCACACGUGCCGAAGGGAUGACGGGGGCCGCGUCAGCCGCCAUGCUCGGGAAGGAGGGCAGCCACGUCACUGGCAAGGUUUCAGAGAGCCCGUGCUUCAGGGUAGGCACCUCCAAGAAGAACCUGGCUCCUGGCUCCGGCAUCAACGUGUACCUGUGGCAGGAGCCGCACCGUGCUGCCCAGAGCGGGUUGCUGGCGCACUGUCUCUGGCCUCGCCGGUCUCGUCCCCCGCCCCAACGCCCUGGCUGCCAGAGCCCGGGAGGAAGCCUCUGGGCAGCAGGCUGGCCCGGGCCCGCGCGGCUCGAGGGUCGGGCUGGUGGCGGCAGAGCUCAGGGCAGAUGGAGCCUGCAGAACUCCGAGCCCUUUCCUUCCCCUUCCUCGGGGAAUUUUUUUUUUUUUUUAACAUUGAUGUGAGGGACAGGGACAAGUGGAGACGAGAGCUCCCACCCUCUGUCUCGCUCCCCAGCGGCCAGCCUGGGUCGCAGGCGGCAGGAGCCCCGUUACCUGAGUCCUCACUGCCGCUGCCCGGUCCGUGUUGCUGGAAACCUGGAGUCAGCGGCCAGGGCUGAAGCCCGGACGCUCCGCUGUGGGGCUUGGGCGUCUGAACCGCCGGGCUAGGGGCUCGCUCUCUGCAUCGUUUUAUAUAAUCAUUACUUGGAAGAAGCAGCGUCGCUUAGUGAUCGGAGAACACGGACGUGGGAGUUAGACUGCCUGGGAUUGCUUCCCUGCUCUGCCCCGGUGCGGUGCGGCUGAGUUAGGGCAGUGGGGGUGUGUUUGCUGUUGUGCUGCCGCCUUCCUGCAGGGGGCAGCCUUGAGCACCAGCAAGGGGGACCCCGGAGGACUUGUCACUUGUUCAGCGGGCCAGGAGCACAGCCCUGCCUCCAGGGGCCACGCUGGAGCCCGCACCUGCAGGCUUGGACCUGGUUGUCAGCUGUCCCCCUCUUGUGUGCAGGAUCUCGCGCCUCUGACGGCGCCUCGCUCUCCUCCUCUGCUAAGUGGGCGUCUCUGAUACCCGCUCCCCGCGUGGCUGUGAAUGUGUGUGCUGUACCGUGGCCCAGAGUUAGCGGUCAGUGAGCCUUCGUUAUGAGGGGCCUGUGUGGCAUGGGUGCCGUGUGGGGUUUCCAGGGCAUGCUGGCCGCACCUGACUGCGUUCUACCUGGGCCCUCUCCUCUCCUCUCCUCUCCUCUCCUCUCCUCUCCUCUCCUCUCCUCU